AUGAGUUCGCUCUACACAAGUCGCAUCAGACCCCACAAUGCUAUCGGCUUCCUCCAAAUCCUUUCCUACCAUUCGGCCCAGAAAAAUUUCCCGGUCAUUUCGAAUUCUGCCGCCAAGACCCUAAUUCCUAACCCGAAUCCCUUAAACCUUGAUCCCACAACUGUCCGCCAAGCUCUUCUUACUUACCGCAAUGACUGGCAACGCGCAUUCGACUUCUUUAACUGGGUCCAGAGCGAAUACCGCCUCCAGCUCCCCACCGAUGCCUAUAAUCACAUGCUCGACAUUCUCGGUAAGUUCUUGGAGUUUCAGCUAUCCUGGGAUUUAAUUCAACGUAUGCGGAAAUUCCCGUGUUCUUUUCCGGACCAUGCAACGUUUCGAAUCAUGUUUAAACGUUAUGCGUCGGCACAGUUGGUGAAAGAAGCGAUCGAGGCGUAUGAAAAGCUAGGGCAGUUUAAUUUAAAGGAUGAAACUUCUUACUGUAAUCUUAUUGAUGCAUUAUGUGACUACAAGCAUGUGCAUGAAGCCCAGGAAUUGGUUCUUGGGAAGAACGAGAAUAUAAAGUCGGAAGCCAGUGCGAAGAUUUAUAAUAUUCUUCUUCGCGGGUGGUUUAAGUUGGGGCGGUGGAGCAGGUGUAGGGAGUUAUGGGAAGAGAUGGACAGGAGAGGAGUUCAAAAAAAUCUGCGUUCAUAUGCGAUAUAUAUGGACAUAUUAUGCAAAAGUGGAGAGCCUGGGACAGCUGUGAAAUUAUACAAGCAGAUUCAGAGCAAACAUAUGAAACUUGAUGUGGUGGCCUAUAAUAUUGCUAUUCGUGCCAUGGGUCUUUCAGAAGGGGUUGAUCAUUCAAUUGAACUCUUUCGUGAAAUGGAAUAUUUAGGAUUGGAGCCCACUAUUGUGACUUAUAACACUGUCAUCAAGCUUUUGUGCGAUAGUAACAGACACGAAGAGGCACUGGUAAUACUAGAUACUAUGCGUAAGAAUGGAUGUCAGCCCAAUGCAGUUUCAUAUCAUUUCCUUUUUGAUUGUAUGAAGAAGCCAGGAGAGAUACUUGCGUUGUUUGACAGGAUGAUUGAAAGUGGAGAUCGUCCAAGUAUGGACACCUAUGUGAUGCUAAUGAGGAAGUUCGGUGGAUGGGGAUAUCUUCGACCAGUUUUUGCGGUGUGGAAGAAAAUGGAAGAACUUGGAUGCCGUCCAGAUGCAUCUGCUUACAAUGCUAUGAUUGAUGCUCUUGUGAAAAAGGGAUUAAUGGACAUGGCUAGGAAGUAUGAUGAAGAGAUGUUAGCAAAAGGACUUUCACCCAGGCCAAGGAAAGAGGUGGGGACUGAUGAAUCCCUCAACGGCAGCUUCUCUUCAACUCAAUGCAAAAGCUUUUAGGCUUCUCAGCAAGACUUGCUUUCCCUCCAGCAAAUCGUCUAAGCUUAGCAUGGUGAAGUGUUCUGCUGCAUCGUUUCCUUCCAAAUGCAGCCGACCCUGUCACCCUGUUUCCUGGCAAAUGACAUUGCCCCUGAAGUCACCCCGUCACCAACAACAUUCUAGUUCUUGCCUGCUCUCUCAAAGGUGGAGUUGUGUUGGAUAAGACAGGAGUGGCGUUACCAGAUGUUUAGGAUCCUGUUGUUGACAUGGAUACCACAAGUGAGAUUGGUCAAUACAUGAUCCGAAGCCACGAAGACUAUUCCAGAAUCACCAUUCUCUUGGCUUUCAUUUCUGUUGCAACAACCAGAAACCAUUCUCUGAACACGUGUUACAUCUUCACAUUCUUUUAUGUGUAUAAAAGGAUUGUAAUGGAUUAUUGAGAAUGAGUAGAAUAAAUACAGUCUUUGGCCAAAAAAGAAGAAAAGAAUAAAUACACUCAAGAGCGGCCCUCCCUCAGCAUCAGCCCUUGCUCAGUACUGUAAAAUCAAUUCAUGACAGUUAUCUCAUUUAGAAAAUCGAUUCAUUCACCGGAACAAAUGAUCCCAAUCCCAAGGCAAUAUUAGGUACAUGAAACGAAAGGGCAUUAUUAUAUGAUUACCUUAUGUUGUGAGGCAAUGGGUUUUCCCAUUUCCUGUUUAGAAAACAAGUGUCUCUGAUUAGUAUGUUCUCAUUAAAUUUAAGAUCAACUUUGUAAGAUGG